UCCAUCUGACGUCACGGCUCCGGUCCCGCCCCCUGCUCUUCUGUUGGCGCGUCAUGAUGCCGCACGAGACUCUCAGCUCCUGGCAGCAGGCGAGGAGGAGACUGACAGAUCCUCAGCUCUGGUCGUUAAAAAAGUAGUUUAUUGUGAUUUUAUAAAGUGAGUCAAAAGUGACUCGUCUAUUAACGAUACGAUAUCAAAAUUCCACGUGUCACUUGGUCAGCUGUCGUUAAAGUCCCGCCGGUCGUUGAUCUCAUUCACAAGUCGGUCCAGUGAGUGACUACGGACACGGGGAAAGGCCAUCGCUCUGUUUCAACAGCUGGCUCGCCUUCUGCUCCCUCUGAACAUGUUGGCCUGGAACUGAACAGGCCACACCCUCUUCAAAAUUUCCUCAAUGCCUGUGGGGCUACCACCUCACAACCCAUCCACUCUUGCAUCCAUCGGUUCUGCUUUGCAAUAAAGGGGCAUUGGGAGUCCCGGAUGCAGGGACUGGUUGAGCAGAGAAUCUCUUAAAGCGACUGCCGAAUUGUGCCAGAGCUCAGUCCAGGAGAGGUCAGAGGGUCGCUCUUAAUCCAGCCAGCCAGCCAGCCGCCGGGGCUGGUGAGCAGACGGGCCCUGGUCAGCGAGCAAUGAGCUGGGCCGAGGAGGACUGGACGGUGGGGCUGUCAGGCCGCGUCCUGCUCAAGGUGAAGGAGCUGCAGGUUCAGCAGGACCGACUCUCCAGGGAGAAUAAGCAGAGGCAGCUGCAGCUCGACAACUCCCAGGAUGCACUCAACAAGCAGAAGAUCAAGCAUGAGGAGGUGCGCCGGGAGCUCCAGAUCCUGCAGAGAGAGCUCAAGGGGGUGCAGGAGGAUGCGCAGGCCCAGACCGGCAGCGCCCAGCGCCUGUCCCUGGAGCUACAGACCAGGCAGACCCUGGUGUGCUCCCUGGAGGGCCAGCUGGACGCCGCACGCACCCUCACCCAGAACCUGACGCUGGAGGUCAAAAGACUGGAGGCGGAACUGGAGAAGCUGCAGACCAGCCAGGAGGCCGGCCUCUACUCCACCCCCUGCUGGAACACAACCUCACCCUGGGUAGACAAUGCAGGGAAGCAGAAGGAGGAGAGGACGGGCCAGAGAGGGGAUGGGGACAGCCGGAGUGUCAGACAGCAGCUGCAGUACUCCGACACGCCCACGGGCUCGUUGCCACGGCAAGGCGGCAGGACCCCGCAACGCCACUCCUCCGACCAAUCAGAGAUCUUCUCCACUCCCAUGGCGGUGUUUCCCUGGGAGCGGGACGACUCAAAGCCCCCCAGCCGGGGUCGCGGCCGGACCCCGACUCCCCAGGCGCCCCCCGCUGACCCCCGGGGCGGCAGCCAGCCGCAGCCGAGGGACCGCGGGAGGACCGAGGACGUCAGCAAAGAGGCCGAUGCGUGUGCGUCUGAGCUGCGAGGCCGCAUCGGCGCCCUGGAGGCGGAGCUCCGCGCGGAGACCAACCGGGUGAAGGCCAGCCAGGAGCAGCUGGGGCGGAGCCAGAAGGAGCUGGCCGCCGCAGAGACCAGCCUUCAGAAGAGCCGCGACCAGAUCAGCCAGGCACAGACACGCACGCUUCAGGAGACCGACCGGGCGUCGGUGGCGGAGCUGAAGGUGAAGAAGCUGCAGGAGGAGCUGAAGUGCCAGGGUCAGAACGCGGAGAGCAGCCGCCUGCAGCACCAGCAGCGCACCAAAGAGCUGGAGAAGCAGCACCAGAUGGACGUAUCCGAGCUCCAGAAGGAGAGGCAGCGCCUGGAGAAGCAGCAGCAGCAGGAGGUGACCAAACUGAACCAGGAGCUGCAGCAGGCCAGAGUCCUGCACAACACCCUGCAGGCCCAGGCCGAGAAGUUGUCCCUCCAGAAGCAGACGUUGGAACGAGAGGUGGAGGCGCUGAAAGCCAAGCUUAAAUGGACCGAGGGACAGCUGCAGGAGAGCGAGAAGAAGGAGGCUCAGACACAAGCCAAGCUGACGGAGGCGCUGCGGGAGGCGCAGGGUGUGGCGGCCAGCCUGGAACAAAGCACCAGGAGAGGGAAGUCCCUGGAGGAGGAGGGGAGGAGAGCGACACAGGAGCGGGACGACGCCCUGCUGCUCCUCAAGGAGCUGAGGGAGCAAAACGCUGCCCUGGCUCUCCAUGCGGCCCCCAUCCAACCCUGCUCCCUGGGUCAUAGCUUCUCCCCCCCAGAGCCCCGGCCCUCGGGCCCCGGCAGGAAGCCCCCCGGAGAGCAGCGCCCCGGGCAGGGCAGAGGGCAGAGGGCGGCCCCCAAGUACCCCAUGGACAGAGAACCCGGGGAAGGCCUCGACGCGGAGCACAUGACCGCCAGGGGCCCGUCCACGGACUCUGAGAGCCCGCAGGGGAGCCGACCCGAGGGCGACGACGUGAUUCGCGGCAACCGCCCUGGGUCGCCGAAGAUCCACGCCGCGGACCCACCGCACGCUUCGCUCCCUCCACAGUCGGAGACCGCUGUGGAGGCCGGCGUCCCGCCCAAAGAACCGGGGGCGGACGCGGUCGCCCUCCGCAAGGAGAACGCGGCGCUAGCCUCGGACCUGCGGGACGCGCGGGAGGAGCUCCAGCGGCGCCUGGAGGACCUGGAGACCCAGAGGCGGGCGGAGGCGGAGGCCCGGACCCGGCUGAAGCAGCUCAGCAAGAAGCGCACGGGCCGCGAGGCGGAGCUGGAGGAGCAGGAGCGGGAGACCAAAGGGGAGCUGGAGCGGGAGCGCUCGGAGACGGAGCGGCUCCGGAAGGCCCUGGCCACCCUGCAGGCCCAGCUGAGUAGUGAGGAGAGAGAGGAGGUGGAGGAGGAGGCGCGGGGGGACCCGGGGAGAGAGGACAGGGAGCAGGAGCUGGUGGAGCUGAACAUCCAGAUGAAAGCCCAGCUGUCGGAGGCCCGGGCCCAGCUGGCCCUGGAGCGGGAGGAGCGGCAGCGGGAGGAAGAGGAGAGGGCAAAGGCUGUUGUGAGCGCUGUGGACGCGGAGGAGAAGGUCGGGCUGAGCGGCCGGCUGGCCGAGCUGGAGGCAGAGCUGGAGGAGCUGAAGCGGCGUGGGGAGAAGGACGCGCAGCGCGCCGAGGCCGACGGCCCGCUGACAUACCUGACGCUGCGCCGCGACGACAAGCUCAACGCCAACAUCGCCGCCCUCUGCCCGGGCCUCGACGACAACGAGAGCCUGCUGCCCUCGCCAGAACUCAACCGGCUCUUCUGCCUCACCGCCAACCAGCUCAACGCCGCCGCCUCGCAGGCCACCGCCCAGCUCAUCCUGAAGGGAGACCAGGUCGCCGAGCUCCUCCCACUCCCGCUGCUCUCAGGCGACGGGGCCAGCCCGAUGGAGGGGACCAGCCCGGAGCUGGAGGACUCCACCCCAGAGGAGCUCAGCUCAGCCUCGGACUGCCCUGAGACCCCCAGCCCCCCCGACCUGGCCAGGGAGGUGGCCCGCCUGCAGGAGGAGAAGACGGGGAUGGCCCGGCGUGCCGGGCAGUGCCAGGCUAGACUACAGGCCCUGCAGGCCCAGGUGACCCGUCAGACCCAGCAGCUGACCAUGGCCUUUGAGCUGCAGAGCCAGCACAUCAGAGGCCUUCUGGUGGAGCUGCAGGAGAAGGAGGGCGCCCUCCUCAGGCAGGGAGGGGAGCUGCAGGGCUGCAGGCAGGAGCUGGCUCAGCUCACAGCCCAGACGGCUCCGAUGGAGGGGGACCCAGCCCCGGCCCUGACCCCGGCCCCGGCCCUGACCCCGGGCCCGGGCCCCAGCGGCCCAGGUCCUGAGCUUCCGACUGCAGCCUCUCCAUCAGAACCCUCCUCCAGAGACACAGUCAAGCACAUAGCCGGUGGCGACAAACACCAGGCAUCUGAACGAAGCUCUGACAGCGAAGCAGGAGCCCCGUCGCCAGGGGCCCCCAAGGGGAUCCACGCCCCCACCGCCGACCCCCUGCCUCCUGCGCAGCCAGCGCGCAUCUGCAGCGAUCCAGGCAGAGAGGGGGGAGGGGGCAAGGCUGCACAGACGCCCACCCCCCGGUCGGAGACCCUGCCGGGCAGCGGUGAGUCAGGGGAGGAGGGCCCCCCCGCCUCAGACGCCAGGGGCCAAGACUCCGACCCAGUCCCGAAGACGGACCCCUGCAGAGCCGUAUCCCGGACCCCCGGAGGGGAGCGGGAACGCCAGGGGGCGGGGUCACUUGGCAGCAGCGAGAGAUCACAGGAAUUGACGGGCAGCAGGGAUGACGGGGUGGACAGGGAAGACACCAGGAAGGAGGAGAAGGCACAAGACCCUCUGGUGAAAGUCAGCCGCUUGGAGAAGCAGGUGGUGGCGCUGCAGGCCGAGCUCAGGACUGUGUCUGAGGAGAAGGAGAAGCAGGCUGAGGAGCUGGUUCUGUGGAGACUGGCCUCCCCCCCCACCGCAGCCUCCAGGUCCCAGGAGCCCAGCCCGGGCCUCAAGGACCCCCCUCCGCCUCUAAACGGCCCUCUGAGGCGGCCGGAGAGCUCCCAGCCUCCCAGAGGAGCCCUGGAGGUGAUGGCUCCGGCUCCUACGCCGGGCGCCGGGGAGCCUGAGGUCACAAAGGACCUGUGGCAGGACAGAGGCACCCUUACAGUGAUCAGAGAGGACCAGCUGAUCCUGUCCUGCUCCUCGAAGAAAAUACAGGGCACCAUGCUGACCUGCAGAGUGCAGCAGAGUGACCCGACGGAGCCAAAGAGUGUAUUUAACGUUGAGAAGACCUUCACACCACAGGACAGCGACGACCUGAUCGACGAUGAGGGCUCCGACAAGGAAAACAUGGACGGCAAGCGCUGUCUGGGCGCUACAACCAAAUCGCCGCCGCCACCGCACGGGGCCCUCGUAAGAGCCUCCAGCGACCCGCGCCGUGGCCCCAGAGACACCACGGCGGGGACGCCGCAGACCAAAGCCUCGCAGCGCGGCGAACAGGAAGCCACGCCGACCAACGCCACGCGCCGCGCCGAACAAGGGGCGCCUUCUCCCACGCCCGCGGCGUCCCAGCGCGAGACCAGCGGGCGGCCUUCCCUAAGGAGCGCCGCCACUCAGACCCACGCCUCUCCGCUUCCCACCGGAGCCGCCGGCCCGCCCCUGUUCCUCCACACCUGCACUCAGACCGAGGAGGCGGUGGAGGAGGAGGUGCAGGGGGCGGCAGAGCGGCUGCUGUUCUCCGGGUCGUUCCCCAUCCCGGCCGACCCGGCCCGCCUGGCCGAGCGCAUCCGCCGCAACCGCAGCCAGCUGUCGGCGGCCUUCGACGACACGGAGUACGAGCCCUACGGCCUCCCCGAGGUGGUGAUGAAGGGGUUCGCCGACAUCCCCAGCGGCAACUCGUGUCCCUACAUCGUCCGGCGCGGCCUGCUGGGCACGCCCGCCGUGCCGCUCCCGCCGACGGACACGCCCCCCAGGGAGGAGACGGACUAGACGCCGGCGCCAGAACCAAAGGACGUCGCGUGACCAGUGGUAUCCAUGACAACCAUCCCAGUCACCAGCAUCACCCAGCUGCCAGCAAGUACACCCUCCUGCCACACGUCUACGGGACAAUCCGUGAGAUGUACAUGUCCACCGCGUAGAGGAGGGAUGCCUUAAUGCCCUCACACAGGGAGCCUUUAGAUGUGUAUGGAUGUCAUGAGGGACCAGAUGAACCUCUUUCCCAAAAGGAGGCCACAAAUACUAGCCUUGCACGCUUUUUGAAUGGACCAAAUGGGUUGUUAUUUUAUUUCAUUGUUGUAUUAUUAUUUGAGUGUUGUGGUUUAUGUAAUAGAGCUUUAUCUUUUCCAAACGGGGGAGAAUCCACUUGAAAUUGUCAGCUUUCCUUAUUUAAAGAUCUGCCUUAAACAGAAAGUGUGUGUGUGUGUGUGUGUGUGUGUGUGUGUGUGUGUGUGUGUGUGUGUGUGUGUGUGUGUGUGUGUGUGUGUGUGUGUGUGUGUGUGUGUGUGUGUGUGUGUGUGUGUGUGUGUGUGUGUCAAGCGAGCAAGUGAAAGUUUGUUCACCAGUGCCUUCUGUGAGAUGGGUUUAUUGUUUAAGUGUCGUCAUCGCAGCGUUGCUGUGUGGGAGAACGUGUGUGUGUGAGAGCGUGUGUGUGUGUGUGUGUGUGUGUGUGCACACGUGCGCAGAGAGAGAAGACUUGUAGAGCAGGAGCCUAUGACUCACAGACGGACCUGCCGGCUUUCCGCUCCAUGUAUGGAGCUGCACUGUGUGAAAGCCCCCCUCCCUAUGUCUCCUGUGUUCCUCCCCUGCCCUCGUGGCCCCCCCAAGCCCCCUCCAGCCCAUCCAUCUCUUCAUUUACUGACAAAUACCUGGCUGAAGUGUUGCCCUAGGGAAUACACUGACCGUUUUAGUCUAGAUUUAUUCUCCUGGUAGAACCCAUCACUUGUAAUAUAUCUGAUGGAUGUAUGUUUCCCCCCCCCCCCCCCCCCCCGGUACUAUAUAUUUAUGUUGUGUUUUUGUUUUGUGCUGCGAACACGUAGAACACUUUAAAGGAUGAGAGGAUGAAUCAGGGGCCAGCCAGGCCACAGGUGUACUGACCGGGAGGCUGUUUCAUCAGAGAGUGGACGACACUGCUCUGAUUCACUGUGUGUGUCUCAGUGCAAACACUAGUCCCACCUUAGCGUUGAAUAGACACUUGCUGUAGUGUAAUGAGUGGGUUAAAAUGUGUUACUUUUUUAUGUACACAUUUUAUAUGGACAAGGAGGCGUUCUAUAACGUCGGCCCUCUGACCAUCACACACUGCCUUAAUAUCUCUGGGAUCUGUAGUGUUGUUGUUUUUAUAGUGCUGUUAAACAGUUGAAGGCACUCGUAGCACUGUGAACCUCUCGCCCUCAGGGUGAGGCUGUUGUAUGUGAAUGGUUUAUUGUUGGCACGUAGAAUAAAACACUGCUGCUAAAAAAAAGUCUUCUGGUUUAUUCUACAUCCACAUUUACAUUUAGGGCAUUCAACAGACGCUAGUAUCCAACGCGACUUACAAUAAGUACAUUUAUCAUAAGAAAACUAUA